CGGUACGGAAAGAGUAUAGAAUUACUUUGUUGUUACAGUAAUAUAUUUAUCAACCUAAUUUAGUGUUAAAUAAAUUGUAAAAUACUAUUAUUUCCGUAAAUGAGAAUGAAUAAAUCAAUUUUUAUUGUUUUCUUCUUAAGUUUACUUAUUGCCAAAGGAGAAAGCUUAUACUGUUACAGAUGUAACAGUAAUCAUCCUGGGUGUGGCACACCUUUAAAUUGGUUAUGGUACUGGGGAGAAACUUGUCCAGAAUAUGAUGACAAGUGUGUAAAAAUUAUUGAAAGAAAAGGAGCCGAGACUAUCAUAACACGAGAGUGUUUGAGCUCUGUUCGUAGUUUUAGAACAGACAUUCCAGCUGAUCGAUACGAGGGUUGUAGACCAGCUGCUAAGAAUAUACGAUUAGGACAUUACGUAAAUAAUUCCAUUCCACAAUUAGAUAUUCACAGAGAUUAUUACGACGAAGUAACAUGGUGUUUUUGUUACUUUGAUCAUAGAUGUAACAGUUCUAUUACUAUGACUGUUUCAGCUUUAUUAUUGCUCAUAGGUAUCGCGAUACAAAUUACUGUUUAAAAUAUUCACAGAACAUCAUAAUAUGAUCUUUGAAAUGUUCAUAUUCUUGGUUAACUCAGGUUUACAUUUUUAUCAAAUUAGUUUGAAAUAAUUUAAACAAAUUCAGUUUCAAUAAUAUUUAUGUAUAACUGAAGCACAAUGGAAUUGAAGUGGUACUUCUGAUUCUACUUUUUCCCUUAAUAUUUGUUACACUUGUAUAUAGUGUAAAUAAGCACUUUGAAUAAAAAAUACAAAACAAGACAAAAAAUAAAUAUAGAAUACUAAUAAAAUUUUCAUAAAAAUUGCAAUGAAACUAAUAAUAAUAUACUUUUUCAUAAUUUGUAAUCUGAGUGUAAUAUGAUCAUUUCAUGGAAACAGUAUUUAACAGAGGUGUCUAGGAUCCCGAAAAUUCUAGAUCGGGAAAUUUUCUCGAGAAACGAAAUCCCAAAAAUGCUUGCAAUUCUCGACGAUAUUCGGGAAUCCGUAGAAUCCUCAAAAAAAUUAUUACAAAUUUUCUAAAUUGCAACAUGUGUUAUGAAAAUAAUAGAUCGAGAAAAUAACAAGUAUAAAAUCCAUUAUUUCAAAUUUUCGUGAAUCCUCUGGAUCUACCUCCCGAAUAUCUUCGGAAAUCUCGGAUAUUUUCAGAAUCCCAUACACUCUUGAUAUUUAAAUACCAAAAAGAAUAUUUAAAAAAUAUUAAGGUUAAAUAACACUAGAUUCGUACAAAUAGAUAAUAUGACUGUAUAAAAUAUUCAUUCCGUCCAGAAGAUCUAAUUAUAAAUUUUAAAUAUUGCUAUUUUUACAUUAACAAAUAAUGUCAUAAACUCUAUUAAAAUAUUUGCAUCUAUUAAUAUAGGAUGAGGCAUUUGAAAUAGCUAAAUACCUAACCCUAUAUAUAUAUGUAUAAUGUAUUGUUUAUAUAGAGUAGACAAAAAGAUUAUUGCCAAACAUUACGACCAUAGUUACAUGACGAACUGCAGUAACAAUUUCUGCCUACUUUGUAUUAUUUUGCUUAAACAAUUGGUAAAUAACCUAACAUACUGAACUGCCGUCCAUUGUUCGACAAAUAAAAUAAUUUUUUAAAUUUAUACUAAAUGCUAAACGUUAACUUUUAUAUUUUUUAUUAAAAAUCUGUAAUUGCAAUUUGUUAUAUGAAUGUUUAUAAACGAUUGUCUUUUGCAAUUUGUUCAGAUUAUUUAUACCC